GAGGCUUCAGUGUGACAGAAACUUCCUGAAGACUUCUCCUCCUAAAGAGCCUCCAACACAGGAGGCUUCAGCAGGACAGAAGAAUUGUUCCUCAUCAGCUACCUUGUCUCCAGCCAUAAGCACCAAGAUUAAGAAAAUUGUGCGUUCAAUUGUAUCAUCCUUUGCAUUUGGAAUAUUUGGAGUUUUCCUGGUCUUACUGGAUGUCACUCUCCUCUUUGCCGACCUAAUUUUCAAUGAUAGCAAACUUUAUAUUCCUUUGGUGUAUCGUUCUAUUUCUCUAGCUAUUGCCUUAUUUUUUCUCAUGGAUGUUCUUCUUCGAGUAUUUGUUGAAGGGAGACAGCACUAUUUUUCUGACUUACUUAACGUUUUAGAUACCGCCAUUAUUGUGACUCCUCUGCUGGUUGAUGUCGUUUACAUUUUUUUUGACAUUAAGUUUCUUAGGAAUAUUCCCAGAUGGAUACAUUUAGUUCGACUUCUACGACUUACUAUUCUGAUAAGAAUUUUUCAUCUGAUUCAUCAAAAAAGACAACUUGAAAAACUGAUAAGAAGGCUGGUUUCAGAAAACAAAAGGCGAUACACAAAGGAUGGAUUUGACCUAGACCUCACUUAUGUUACAGAACGUAUUAUCGCUAUGUCAUUUCCAUCUUCUGGAAGGCAGUCUUUCUAUAGAAAUCCAAUUGAGGAAGUCGUGCGGUUUCUAGAUAAGAAACAUCCAAAUCACUAUCGAGUCUAUAAUCUAUGCAGUGAAAGAGCUUAUGAUCCUAAGUACUUCCAUAAUAGGGUCAGCAGAAUCAUGAUUGAUGAUCAUAAUGUCCCCACUCUACAUGAGAUGGUGGUUUUCACCAAGGAAGUAAAUGAGUGGAUGGCUCAAGAUCCUGCAAACAUCGUAGCAAUUCACUGUAAAGGAGGCAAAGGAAGAACUGGAACUAUGAUUUGUGCCUUCCUUAUUGCCUCCGAAAUAUUUUUAACUGCAGAGGAAAGCCUGUAUUAUUUUGGAGAAAGGCGAACAGAUAAAACCAACAGCAGUAAAUUUCAGGGAGUAGAAACUCCUUCUCAGAAUAGAUAUGUUGGAUAUUUUGCACAAGUAAAACAUCUCUACAACUGGAAUCUCCCUCCAAGACGGAUACUCUUUAUAAAAAGAUUCAUUAUUUAUUCGAUUCGUGGUGUUGGAACAGGCGAUGUAUGUGAUCUAAAAGUCCGAAUAGUAAUGGAGAAAAAAGUUGUCUUUUCCAGUACUUCAUUAGGAAAUUGUUCGAUAUUGCAUGACAUUGAAACAGACAGAGUGUUAAUUGAUGUAUUCAACGGUCCCCCUCUGUAUGACGACGUGAAGGUACAGUUUUUCUCUUCGAAUCUUCCUAAAUACUAUGACAAUUGUCCGUUUUUCUUCUGGUUCAACACAUCUUUUAUUCAAAGUAACAGGCUUUAUCUACCAAGAAAUGAAUUGGAUAAUCCACAUAAACAAAAAACAUGGAAAAUUUAUCCACCACAGUUUGCAGUGGAGGUACUUUUUGGGAUGUGGCUUCCUGAGAGCCGAGUUGUAGUGAAGAAAAUGUAGAGCCAGAGGAAAAAAAAUACACAGACUUCUUGAGAUUUCUCUGAAGCUAUGGAACAUGAUGAAUUAACGACGGGUUAAGUAUACUUUUCAUUAUAAAUGUUAAUGCUUUCACAUCUUUCAUUAGUGGUAUGUAUGAAAAAAUAUUUAACAUAUUAUCUAUAAACCAAACAAUAGAAAGG